AUGACGAAGCGCACUGCUCCUUACGGUUCGUGGGAGUCUCCGCUCUCCGCGGAGCUCCUGACCCAAGCGACUGUCGACAUCCGAUACGUCUUCGUCGACAGCGUGACGCAUGAGCAUUACCACAUUGAACUUCGUCCGAGCGAGAAAGGACGCAAUGCUAUCGUCGACGCUCACGGCAAGGAGCUCUCCUCGACAACAGCUUACGAUGCUCGUACACGCGUUCACGAAUACGCCAUAGGCUGUGCCGUUGCUAGGAAUGGCCGAGUCGUCUUUCCCGACUUUACGAGCUUCGAUGUCUUGCGUACCGACAAGAGCUCAGGAGAGUGGUCAAAGGCAGUCUCGGUCGUGCCCAGACAUCCUGCCUAUCGAUACGGUGAUCUCGAGAUCUGUCCGACCGAACCUGAUCUGCUCGUCGCCGUACGUGAGGAUCACACGAUAGACGAGCCCAGCAAGGUCAUCAACUCAAUCGUUCUCGUUGACAUGGGCAAGAGAGAGACCAUCAUGACACUCGCCGGCGGUUGUGAUUUCUAUACCACGCCAAAGCUCAGUCCGGAUGGCAAGCUGCUGUCGUGGAUAGACUACAACUUGCCCAACAUGCCUUGGGACAAUUCGAGGGCCAAUCUGGCCAAGUUCGACACGUCUACAGGCCUUAGUGAUGUCCAAUCCAUCGACGGCGGUCUGGAAAUGUCAUACAGCGUAUCUCAAUUGCGAUGGUCUAUUGAUGGCUCCCAUCUACUCUGGCUUAAUGACUCGACCGGCUACUACAACCUGUACGCGCGUGAAAUCCAGUCCGGCAAAAACGAUCUAGCUGCUGGCAAAGCGCUGGCACACGAUGCAGGUGCCGUUGACUGGUUCUUAGGCCAAUCAAGUUUUGCUUCGCUCACAGACGAUCUCGUCGUCUUGUCCGCCCAAAAGUCUGGAGUGUUCAACCUAGUUUCUUUGUCAAGCAGAAGCAUCAUCGCAUCUUUCGAUACACCAUUCCUGUCGGGACAGCAAAUAAGACGUGUGACAGAUGAGAUCAUUGUCUUGGUAGGCACAGGCGCGACGACGCAGUCUGUCCUCGCUCGUAUUGAUUUGCAACUCUCGGACGGCAAGCUGGAUGCAAGCAUCACUGUCCUGAAAGAAACGUCCAGCAUCAAAGUCGAUGAAGGCUACAUUUCCCGAGCGCAAGCUCUCGUAGCGCCCAGCAAAGCGGCACCAGGCAUGCACGAAAGCAAACCGCUCGCACAUAUGUUCUACUAUGCGCCUGCGAGUAAAGAUCAUCAAGGACCUACAGAUGAGCUUCCGCCGUGCAUCGUCAGGUGCCACGGAGGACCGACCAGCAGUGCUGUGUCAGGCCUCAGCUGGCAAAUCCAGUAUUUCACGAGCCGAGGUUUCGCGUUUGUCGAUUCAAAUUAUGGCGGAAGCACAGGACAUGGCAAAGUUUACCGAGACCGAUUGCAAAAGAACUGGGGCAUCGUCGAUAUAGAAGAUACAGUGGCUUGUGUCGAGCACUUGGCCAAGACGAUGAUCGACCGGAAGCGAGUUGCUAUCGUUGGCGGAUCAGCAGGCGGCUAUACCGUACUCGCAUCGCUGUGCGCGUAUCCCGAUGUUUUCGCCGCUGGGUGCUCUCAAUAUGGCGUGGCCGACUUGAAAGGCUUGGCCGACGAGACUCACAAAUUCGAGAGCGAGUAUCUCUUUGGACUGCUCGGUGGUCGACCGUCGGAAGUACCAGACGUAUACAGAGAUCGCUCUCCGAUCUACAACGCCGACAAGAUCAGAUCGCCGUUACUUGUGCUGCAAGGCGAAGUCGAUAAAGUGGUGCCUCGUAGCCAGGCUCAUGCGAUCGUCAAAGCCGUCCGAGCUAACGGCGUUGAGUGCAAGUACAUCGAAUUUGAAGGCGAGGGGCACGGUUUCAUUCGUUCAGAGAAUAUUCGUACGACUUUUGAUGAGCAGCUCAAGUUUUACCGGUCUGUCUUCAAGAUUGCUGACUCGUAA